AUGAAGGCUGAAUUACUAGAUGGAACCCCAAAUGGAUUCAUCGCUGUAUGCCAUAAAUCCGGCUGGAUUCAAAUGGACAGCUUCCUGCACUGGUUUAGAAAACAGUUUUUGCCUAACGUGAAGUCCAGCAAAGAUGACCCUGUCGUACUGGUUUUGGGUGGGCACUACUCGCAUACCAGGAAUUUAGAACUGCUUGAAGUUGCACGAGGAAAUGGAGUGCAUAUAAUUUCCCUACCUCCGCAUUGUACCCAUAAAAUGCAGUCGCUUGACAAAGCCUUUAUGUCCCCGUUGAAAACGUACUAUGCGCAGGUCAUCGAAAAUUGGUUGAGACAAAACAGUAGUAGAGUUGUUACACAUUACCAAGUUGGAAGACUUUUUGGAGAAGCCUACAAUCAAGCAGCAACGGUCGCAACAGCAACAAAUGGAUUUAGAAGCACAGGCACCUUUAACCCUAUCCGAGGCAGAAAAGCAAGUACAGCUGCUCUGCUGACUAGUUCACCUUAUAAGGAUAGCCUGGCUUAUGGCUUGAGCAAAGCCCAAAAAACAAAUGGAAAAGGAGCUAAAACACUGCAAAGGGAAUGUGUCGGAAAUGUGGCUAGGAAAUGCUUCGAAAAUCAAGAAAAUGAAGCUCCAGCUGAAAAGGAAAGUGAAAGCCGUACAAUGAAAAAGCGACUAGAAAAAACAAAAAGCAAUCAGUAA